GGACAUUACACUUCCGGUUGAAAUACAAACUUUGUGCAGCGCCGUUGGAGCUAACGGGAGGGCAUGUCUACUCUCAUCGACAGGACGAUGAGGAUGAGGAGGGAGGAGCAGGCGCGCCAGGUGGUCCUCGCCUGGGCAGUCCUCAAUGUAUCGCUCGCUGGCAUGAUCUACACAGAGAUGUCAGGGAAACUGCUGAGCCUGUACUUCAGCAUCUCUUACUGGCCUAUAUGGUACAUAGAGCUGGCCUUCGCCUCAGUCUUCAGCCUUAACGCCCUGUUUGACUUCUGGAAGUACUUCAAGUACACCAUGGCCCCUUCUACCAUUGCUGUUACCCCUGAACAGCACCGUCUUCUUGGUCUCAGAAACUCAAGUAUCCAGGCAUCACCCCCGCUGAAGCAAGAAAAGCAGGAGGCUCAAGCCCCGGCUCAGUCGUCACCCCUCCAGGGUCAGAGUGUGCUCAGCCUCAGUCCCUCCAGGCCGGCCAGCACCAGCCCCAAGUUCUCCCCCAGCUGUGUUCCCGGCUACAGCCCCCUAUUGAGCAGCCCGGGCAGCGGGGGACACUACUCCCCCUCCCUGGCAUUUGGGAAGUUGAACUUCAGCCCCCCCUCAUCCUACCCCAGCAGCAUCGGCCCAGUGGAUGGCACCAGCCUGAGGGCACGCUAUCGUACCUCUCCCUCCGUGUUCAACUCCCCCGGGGGCAAGGAGGACUACAUGGAGUCCCUGAAGACCCUGGACAGGUUCCUCCGCACUGAGGAGGAGAAGAGCCACCGCAGUCAGUUAGGGAGCCCAGAGUCUGUGUCGCCCUCCCACAGCCCAACGUUCUGGAACUAUAGCCGCUCGGUGGGGGAUUACGCCCAGAGCCUGAGGAAGUUCCAGUACCAGCCGGCCUGCCGUUCCCAGGCCCCCUCGGCCAGCAAGGACGAGACAGACCUGGGCUCCAAACAGGCUGCAGAGGAGGUUUGGGCCAGAAUCACAACCAGUCGUCUCGUGGUGGACAGCAUAGACAGCUGGACGGCCAAGCUCAGAAAUUGGAUAAAUGACACCAUUCUAGUGCCACUUGUGAAGGAGAUGGACUCAGUAAAUGGCCAGCUAAGGAGAAUGGGCUGCUCUGAGCUCCAGAUUGGAGAAGCCAGUAUAGCCAGUCUAAAACAGGCUGCUGUUUUGAAGGCUUCAGUCAUCCCCACUAUGCCUGCUAUUGUGCAGUACCUGGAUAUCACCCCUAACCAAGAGUAUCUAGUGGAGAGGAUCAAAGAGCUGGCCCAUAGUGGCUGCAUGAGUUCUUUCCGCUGGAACAGGGGCGGGGAUCUCAAAGCCAGGAAGUGGGACACAGACCUUCCUUCCGACUGUGCUAUCCUCAUGCAUGUGCUGUGCACAUACCUGGACUCCCGACUCCCGCCUCACCCCAAGUACCCCGACGGAAAGACCUUCACCUCGCAGCACUUCACCCAGACGCCAGACAAACCUGUAGACGUGGCGAAUGAAAACCUCUUCUGCGUUCACCAAAGUAGCACAAAUCCCCCGCACUACCAACUUAUCUACCAGGGCCAUGUCUACAGCCUGCCCAAGGGAAGGAACAACCUGUUCCACACAGUUCUCAUGUUCCUCUUUGUCAUCAAAACCAAGGAGUCUGGGAUGCUGGGGAGAGUAAAUCUGGGCCUUUCAGGUGUGAACAUCCUGUGGAUAUUUGGGGACUGAUGCAGUCUCUCCCUCCUUGAGCAUUUCACAGUGUCACAGAGGAUGUUAGAUGGCAGAUACUUCCUCAAAUAUUUUGUCACCUCAAGGUUUGUUUGUGAAACAAUACAUCGUAGCUUCUGAUAACAACAAUAUUCUGUAGAUGUUAGUUACCAUAACUGUACUCAGAUCUAGGUUCAUAAGGAAGCACUUAUGAGAGUAACAUUUUGUUGUACAUUUGUUUGAGUCAUUUUUUCUGAGAAACAGCAGACCACAUUUUUCACUUGAAAGUAGCUAUUGUCAUUUGUGACAUUUUUUAAAUCAAAUUAUUACAAAGACCAUGACUUAGUUUGAUAUUAAGUUGCAUCAAAAACAACAGUACUGUAUUUUAACCCGAGACAUCCACAAUUUACUUGCUUUAUUUGAAAUAUGUUAUUUGAAUGGAUCAGGAUAGUGUCUUUGUAAAUAGUAUACCAUUGGGUUGAACCCUCCUGGCUUGAAUGUAUGUCAGUGAGUUUUUCUUUUUGUACGAAUUGUUUGAGAGAGCUUGAAUAUUGCAGCUAGUAUGCUUGAGUUCUUCAUUUUUUGUUAAAUGACAGGGUUUGGAGUGGUAGAAAGUUACCUGCGUACGAAUGCAUGGCUUUGUUUACCAGGGCUGCAGUUACUUGCAUUGGCAUGCAUAUUAUAUCUAUUCUAACUAGACGUUUGUUCCACGGUUCAAAUGCUUGAUAGAUACAAAGCCAUGUACAUGGUAUGCCUUUUAGAAUUUCAAUAUUAUGGAAGGUUCCAAGUAAAUUGCUGUUAUUUUUAUUACCAAAGACUUUACUUGGAGAAUUAUGAUGUAUAGUGGUCAAAGAGGUGUCUUUUUAUGAUGGGUUGUGAGUGUCAUUUAUUUUGAUAAAAUAGAAGCUAAUUCAAAGAUGGUAACAGGCUGCAUGGACUUGUAUGGACUCAUGGGGCAACUCCAAUGCACUCCAACCCCCCUCAUUCAAUCAAAUUUGCAUUGAGUAUUCUGAUGUGGUUUUCAAUUGAGACAUGGAAAUAAACAAUUGAUUGAGUUAA